CAGCUGGACGAGAUUUCUUAACCUCGCUCGUAUAUUCGUUUAGUGAAGAGGUCGAAGAAAGUGUGUAACGUUUCGACGUCUCGACGAUCAUUUGGUUGAAUGCUUCGUCCACGUGUCCGAAAGUGCUCAAAGCGGCGAAAUAUCACAAAAAACCGGAAAAAUGUUUAAAAAAUUCGACGAGAAGGACAGUGUUUCUGGUGUUCAGCAAUUAAAAUCGUCUGUACAGAAGGGUAUUCGUUCGAAGCUCCUAGAGCUUUAUCCUCACCUGGAUAACUAUAUAGAUGUUAUAAUACCAAAGAAAGAUUCUUUCCGUAUUGUAAAAUGCCACGACCACAUAGAGAUCAUAGUGAAUGCAGCAGGAGACCUGUUAUUUUUUCGCCAACGUGAAGGGCCCUGGAUGCCUACUUUGAGAUUACUGCAUAAAUAUCCAUUUUUCCUGCCGAUGCAGCAAGUCGAUAAAGGUGCUAUUAGAUUUGUCCUUAGUGGUGCUAACAUCAUGUGUCCUGGUUUAACGUCAAAAGGUGCGAAGAUGAUGACUGUGAAUAAAGGAACUGUCGUCGCUGUUAUGGCAGAAGGCAAGCAGCACGCGUUAGCUGUUGGAGUCACCACACUGUCGACGGAAGACAUUAUUAAAGUAAACAAAGGAGUUGGCAUCGAGAAUUGUCACUACUUGAAUGACGGACUGUGGCAAAUGAAGCCUGUGAAGUAAGACUGUACCCUAAAACCCGUACCGGGUACAAUCGGAAGGAUCAUUGUAUACAAACGUUUUCUCGUACACUUUUUCUUGCAACUACGAAGUAGAGUCGACACGUGCUGCUGUCAUCGCACGGAACGAUAAGUUUUCGUGUAUGUGCACGUCACGGUGUCGUGGGCCAUAGUAAAACUCCUGUGUUCUCAUCGUGGCUCUUUUGAUUUGUGACGUCAGAAGCGAGAAAAUGCAUACCUAAAAUUCCUGCAAAACAUGUUAAAAUAAACAAAAAUCCAAAAAAAUUAAUUAAGCAUAUCUUUAAAAUACUUUGAACACUUUUUCCUUUUACUUUAACAAUAACCGUAAAAUUAACAUAACAUACAAUUUUUCUUUUUAAUAUUCAUAUUCAUUUCUUUUUAUAUUCAUUAUUUUGUUAUGCUACGGUUAUUUAUUGACUGUUAGAACAAAAGUAUCCGGAGUAUCUUACAAGUGUAUUAUUUAAUAAAUUAUAAGUAUCACUUUCUGAAUAUAUCUUUUUAUUUCGAUAUACUUAGGAAUAUUGAAAGCAUUUUCUCGCUUUUGACCUCACCAGUCGACAGUUUCGUGGCAAAGGCAGGCCCCUCUUAAUCACUAUAUUUCUACCAUACAAUAAUAUAAAUCAAUAGUGUUAAGUUUGUAAUCUAAAGAUACGGAAUAGUACAGAUGCAAACAAUCGCAAACACACAUUAAUAUAUCGAUGAAUCCCUUAUUCUACGAUGAUUUGUAAAAUAAAAAGAACGAUAAAGAAAUA